GCGAGUUUUCCCGUGUGAUCUUGAUUGCUGUCGCUGAAGAGUAGGAGGAAAAUAUCAGAACAAUUCAUGAUGAGUUAUGCUGAAAAGCCGGAGGAGAUAACGAGAGAGGAGUGGAUGGAAAAGCUCAACAAUGUCCACAUUCAGAGAGCCGACAUGAACAGGCUCAUCAUGAACUACUUGGUGACAGAGGGGUUUAAGGAGGCAGCUGAGAAGUUCCGUAUGGAGUCUGGGAUUGAGCCCAGUGUGGACCUGGAUUCUCUGGACGAGAGGAUAAAGAUCCGGGAGAUGAUCCUGAAGGGGCAGAUACAGGAGGCCAUCGCACUCAUCAACAGCCUGCACCCAGAACUGCUCGACACAAACCGCUACCUGUACUUUCACCUACAGCAGCAGCACCUGAUUGAGCUGAUCCGUCUGAGGGAGACUGAGGCAGCACUAGAGUUUGCUCAGUCCCAGCUGGCCGAGCAGGGGGAGGAGAGCAGAGAGUGUCUGACAGAGAUGGAGAGAACCUUGGCCCUGCUGGCCUUCGACAACCCUGAGGAGUCGCCCUUCGGAGACCUCCUCAACACGAUGCAGAGGCAGAAGGUGUGGAGUGAAGUGAACCAGUCUGUGCUGGACUACGAGAACAGAGAGUCAACGCCCAAACUGGCCAAGCUCCUCAAACUGCUCCUGUGGGCUCAGAACGAACUUGACCAAAAGAAAGUCAAGUACCCCAAAAUGACAGACCUCAGCAAGGGCACGAUCGAGGACCCAAAGUGACAGCACACCAGGCUAUGUGUGCCAUGGGAAACGGAAUGGACUCACCUCCUAUCUAUUUAUGCUCCGACACAGACUGACUCAUACUACUUUUUUCUUUUUUUGUGUGGGUUGCUUUUUGGGAGACUUUGAUAACAUGGACUGUGCAAACUGGAUGGUUUGUAUUUUUAAAGUGACUUUCUGACUGAAACUUCAAUAUCUGAAAUAUAAACACUUGUAUUUUAAUGAAGUAAAAUUAGACUUUUGUUUCAUGUCUCCGAUAGAUGGUUACAUAUUUCACAGUUUCACUAUUUUUUUCUGUCUACUGGCAGGGAAAGUUAGCAAUCUUUGCAUAUGGAGGGUGUGUUUAAAGCCUAAAUUAGGCUCCCGGGACUAUAAUGUGUCAACCUAGAACAGGAAUGAAGGUGUGGUGUUUGGGUAGAACGAUUGGUUCCCAUUGCUGUGGUCCACUGUCAACAUUGUUUUAUUUUUCUGAACAAAAACAUGCACAUUUGAGUUUAAUGCUAUAGGAUAGGGGCCAAAGCUUCUGGGUACUGAUGGUGAAUGCUUCUAAGCUGCCAAUGCCCUGUAUCUUUGUCAGAGUUUUAUUGCAACUUUAGUUUUCAUCCUGUGUUAUCUUGAACAAACAAGACAAUAAUGUGAAUACAUACAGAGACAUCCACUCAGUUCACGGUGGCUGUUUUGCAACCGGAUUAUUUACAUGUAUGGAAUAAAAUACUCUUUUGGAACACUU